ACUGACACUGAGGCACCAGUUGUGUGAUUGGUUAAGACAGUCAGAGUUUGAUGGUUUAACUUUUCUCAGCUGUACACAUCUCACAAAGACCAAUGGAUAUAUUACCUUUGCUUUGUGUUGUCUCUGUGACUUUUACAGGUUUAACCAAAGGAACUGGUGUUUUGCCAGAUGAACUGACUGCAGCUGUUGGAGGGGAAGUGAUGUUCACCACAACAGUGACUCCACCAGAAACACCAUUUGUGGCGGUGACCUGGACUUUUGCUUCUGAAACUAUUUUAAGACCUAUAAUAACCUAUACGUCUUCGGUCAACAAUACUGCACCAGAGUAUGAAGGCAGGAUCAUCCACUACAGAUCUACUGGAUCUCUGAAGCUCAUGGAUCUGACUCUAAAUGACAUUGGAGAGUACAGAGUUACUAUUAUAUCAGCAGAAGUAGAACAGUUUCUGGGAUCCACUGAAUUGAAGAUACUUGUGCCAAUCUCCAAUGUAACGGUAACUGCCAGCAGCACAGACUUGAUGGAGUUCAGCUCUGUCAGUCUGUCCUGCUCUUCUUCUGGAUCCUCUCCUUCUUUCCUCUGGAUGAACGGCAGCUCUGAGGUUACAGCCAGUGAGAGAGUUCAGUUCACUGAUGGAGGCAUUACUCUUACUAUCAUCAAUGUGACCCGCUAUGAUCAGGGACCAUACAUCUGCAGAGUGUCUAAUGCUGUCAGUAAUGGCACCAGUGAUCCAGUAAAUCUUUCCAUCCACUUGCCAGUCUCCAAUAUAAAGGUAAAUGCAAGCAGCACAGAGUUAGUGGAGUUCAACAGCUCUGUCAGUCUGUCCUGCUCUUCUUCUGGAUCCUCUCCUUCUUUCCUCUGGAUGAACGGCAGCUCUGAGGUUACAGCCAGUGACAGAGUUCAGCUCACUGAUGGAAACUCCACUCUUAUCAUAACCAAUGUGACCCGCUAUGAUCAGGGACCAUUCAGGUGUCAUGCGUUUAAUCUUGUCAGUAAUGUCACCAGCGAUCCAGUAGAACUCUCCAUCAGCUAUGGCCCUGAGAACAUUAUUUUGAAGUUAUCUCCCUCUGAAGACCACUAUGUGGAAGGGUCAACCAUCAGCCUGUCUUGCUCAGCUGUCUCCAGACCUUCUGCACAGUUUCAGUGGUUUCUGAAUGGAGACCAGCUGUCUGAUACUGGACCAGAACUCACACUGAUGAAUAUUAAGGGGAAUCAGAGUGGGAACUACAGCUGUCAGGCCUUUAACAACAAAACUCUGAGAUAUCAAACAUCUCAGCCCUCAGCUAUAACUGUACUGGAGCGUGUCUCCAAUGUAAAGGUAACUGCCAGCAGCACAGACUUGGUGGAGUUCAACAGCUCUGUCAGUCUGUCCUGCUCUUCUUCUGGAUCCUCUCCUUCAUUCCUCUGGAUGAACAGCAGUUCUGAGGUUACAGCCAGUGAGAGAGUUCAGCUAACUGAUGGAAACUCCACUCUUAUCAUAACCAGUGUGACCCGCUAUGAUCAGGGACCAUUGAGGUGUCAUGUUUCCAAUUUUUUCAGUAAUGUCACCAGCGAUCCAGUAGAACUCUCCGUCAGCUUUGGCCCAGAAAACAUUAUUUUGAAGUUAUCUCCGUCUGAAGAACACUAUGUGGAAGGGUCAAACAUCAGCUUGUCCUGUUCAGCUGUCUCCAGACCUUCUGCUCAGUUUCAGUGGUUUUUGAAUGGAGACCAGCUGUCUGAUACUGGACCAGAACUCACACUGAUGAAUAUUCAGGAGAGUCAGAGUGGGAAUUACAGCUGUCAGGCCUUUAACAACAAAACUCUGAGAUAUCAAACAUCUCAGCCUUCAGCUAUAACUGUACUGGAGCCAGUCUCCAAUGUAAAGGUAACUGCCAGCAGCACAGACUUGGUGGAGUUCAGCUCUGUCAGUCUGUCCUGCUCUUCUUCUGGAUCCUCUCUUUCUUUUCUCUGGAUGAACGGCAGCUCUGAGGUUACAGCCAGUGAGAGAGUUCAGUUCACUGAUGGAGGCCGUACUGUCACUAUUAUCAGUGUGACCCGCUAUGAUCAGGGACCAUUCAGGUGUCAUGUGUCCAAUCCUGUCAGUGAUGGCACCAGCGAUCCAGUAGAAAUUGCCAUCAGCUUUGGCCCAGUAAACAUUAUUUUGAACUUAUCUUCAUCUGAAGAACACUAUCUGGAAGGGUCAACCAUCAAUCUCUCCUGUUCAGCUGUCUCCAGACCUUCUGCUCAGUUUCAGUGGCUUCGGAAUGGAGACCCGCUUUCUGAUACUGGACCAGAACUCACACUGAUGAAUAUUCAGAAGAGUCAGAGUGGGAACUACAGCUGCCAGGCUUUAAACAGCAAAACUUUGAGAUAUCAAACAUCUCAGCCUUCAGCUAUAACUGUACUGGAGAGAGUAUCUGAUACUUCAAUCAUACCUUCGACACAGCUGAUUGAGGGAAACUCUGUCAACCUGACCUGUGAUGGUGCUGGCUCCAUCUUUACCAGAGAGUGGAUGAAGGACGGCUCACUAUUGAAUCAGACUGACAACAUGAUACUUUACAACACAAACAGAGUGUUGUCUUUUAUCUCUCUGAAGAAAACAGACAAUGGAGAAUAUUUGUGUAAAAUCAGCAACCCUGUCAGCAAAGAUGAAGCUAAUUACAGCAUGAUUGUUAACUAUGGACCAGAAAAUGUUCAAAUCACAGGACCAAGUGAGAUAAACGUGAAACAGACCUUAACAUUAACCUGCUCUGCUGCGUCUACACCAUCUGCCAGUUACACCUGGAUACUGAAUGGGACAAAUAUAUUAUACAAUUCUGAUGUGUUCACUAAAAACAUGACUGAACUUACUGACAGUGGCAGCUACACCUGUCGAGCACUGAAUGAAAUAACUGGGAGAACAUCAUUUGCAGAACAUCGAUUGUCUGUAACAGAGAACACAACAUCUACAUGUUCAGCUGGUUGCAUUGCUGGAAUAGUAAUCGCAUGUUUUGUUAUCUGUGGAGUUGCUGCUGGAGGAUACUUCAUUUAUAAAAAACAGACGAAAAAAUCCUCUAAUGGAAACACCACCUCCAGAAGAGGCGGUGGAGGCCAGGAGAACAGAGCAUACUCUGGAGAUCAGGAGCUGAAUUAUGCAGACCGUUUUUUCAACAACAAUGAUGGUUUGACAGUCCACCUGGGGCUACAGAAUCGCUCUCAGAAUCAAGUGAACAGGGGUCCUGCUGGAGCAUCCUCCCCUCCAAGCUAUGAUGUCCACAUGCAGCGAAUGAGGAGGCCAGCUCCUCAGCCUGAUACUACUGAUGCAACAGUAUACGCUCAGGUCCAGGUCCGUAAAAAGUGAACACAGCAGAACUGAUCCUCUAAUGAGGUCAGACUGGAGACCAGAAUCUGCAAACAUGUGGUCAGAGAAACCUGCACUUCCCUUUCUGCUACUUUAUGGAGGGCUAAUUUGGACUUGGGUUUAUCUAGUCAAAGCACUUUAGCAGUGGUUAAUGAUCAACUGUUAUUGCCCUGACUGAAGUCAGCACAAAAACAAUGAUGCCCUUUUAUGUGUGAUACGCCACAUAUAAUAGCUUUCUUGUUCCCUUGUUUGAAUUAGUUCAUUCUGUUUGCUUGAGUAAAAUGUUUGGGACCACUCUAGUAACAUAUUAGACUCCACAAGAAUACUGUAGGGGAGACCGGGGUUGGUUGUCACAGUGCUUUUUACAGACAAACUAGAGGGUGCUGUGACAUGAUGUUGAUAUCAGAUAGUUAGCCUAGCAUCCUGCCCAUUUUGCACUGGUCACUUUGUGGAACACACACAAAACAUUGAAGUGAAGAGAUAUUUUGUCAUGUUUAAGGGUCAGAGUAGAUUUUAAUGUUAGUGUUGUUUUUGUAUUAAAAGCUUGUAGGUUAUUAGUCAUUUAAAAAUCAAACACUUAUUGGAGCACCCUGGUGGCCGAGUGGUCAGAGCACAUGCCACAUAAUUGCAGCGUCCCUGGUUCAAAUCUGAGCAGGGACUUAUGCUGCAGGUCAUUCCACUCUUUCUCCCCGUUUCCUGUUGGCCUCUCUGCCAGUUACUGUCUGAAUAAAGGCAUAAAAUCAAAAAAAAUCAAACACUUAUUAAAAAUCCAAAGGUAAUAGCUUUGAUUUGAAUCAAUUUUUAGCUCACAGGCUAAACCCAUGUGGUAAAAAUGUUUGUCAAGAAGUCGGUUGGGGAUGGUUGUCUCAUUUAUCUGGGGGUUGGUUGUCACACAUGUGGCAACCAACAGGUCCAACCCGUACACUGAUAUGUUAUGAAGCAAUGGUCUUAAUAAAGGCUAGAGCUUUUUUCAGCACUGUAAAUUCCUUCAUUUUACUUUUCAUUACAGAGGCUAAUUCAAACAAAUAAUCACCUGGUUCAAAUUCAUGGUUUAAACACAUGGGGCAUUGAUGAGUACUAUUAUAGAGUAAAUGGUAAAUGGCCUGUACUUAUAUAGCAAUUUUCUAGUCAUUAUGACCACUCAAAGCGCUUUUACAUUACAUGUCUUAUGCACCCAUUCACACUGAUUCAUAAACUGAUGACAGGGGCUACCACACAAGGUAUCAACCAGCUCAUCAGGAGGAAACUAACCAUUCAUACAGUUGGAGCAGCAACGGUAGCAAUUUGGGGUUAAGUAUUUUGCCCAAGGAUACAUCGACAUGUGGACUGGAGGAGCCGGGAAUCAAACCGCCAAUCUUCCAAUUGGUGGACAGCCACUCUACCUCCUGAGCCAUAGCUGCCCCAAGAGGUAGUGUUCAUUUAAAAAAAAAAAAAAACGUUUUUUAAAAUCACAUUAUUUUUUAACUGAAAGCCCAUUGAUAACUAGAGGGACAACCAACCCCAUACCUUGUGACAACCAACACAGUGAUGGUGUUGGUUGUCACAAUGUGUCAGAGUGUCUUUGAUGGUUAAUUACUUCUUGUUACAAUAAGACCUUAAGGUUCCAUUUAAUGUAGAAAUGAUUAUUGAAAG